AUGCUGCCCAAACGCAGCAAGCGAGCCUGCCAUCUGAAUGUGAGAGGAGUUGAUAAGGGUGAAAUGGCCAGGCGGGGAGCGGUAACGGGCGGUGGGGUUGUGACUGGUACGCAGUGCAAGGUUUCUAGCACACCGGUUACCUUCGCCGUUGUCAGUGCCCACCCUGGGUGUAAACCAUUCCGAGCGAGAGAAUAUGUGUUGAUCCUCCAGCAUAGCCACCAGUUUAUAAAACCACAGAUUCGAAGUGAUACAUCAGAGAUCCUCGACGAGACCAUUCCGCUCAUUAAAGACAAGGUGAUGGAAAUGAGCCACAUCUAUGCCAAAGUUGAUAAAUUAGAGGCAUUUGUUAAAAUGGUUGCGCACCAUGUUUCCUUCCUAGAAGAGCAAGUGCUUGAAGCAGAGAAGAGCCAUGGCACCUUUCUUAAUACUGUUUGCAAAUUAUUUCAAUGUGCAACUAUCUCGUCAUUUAAAAACCCCUCAUUCACCUGCUUUGAGGGAGCCUGUGGAGUUCUUGAAGUGGAGCCAGUUUCUGGGCAGUUUGCUGAGCCUGGCGUACAGCCGAAGAGCUUGAGAGCGGCUGCAACACUGGGCUUGGACAUCAAGUAG